GGUACAGUGAGGAGGAGCAGAGGUUAGAGGCCUCGGCCCAGGCAGACAACGGGCUCUCCUAAUAUAAUUAUAUAUAUAUAUAUAUAUACCGUUCAAAAGUGUGGGGUCACCUAGACAAUUUCGUGUUUUCCAUGAAAUCUCACACUUUUAUUUAUCAAAUGAAUUGCAAAAUAAAUAAGACAUUGACAAGGUUAGAAAUAAUGUUGUUUAAAAAAAAUAUUAAUUUUGUUCUUUAAACUUCAAGCUCGAAAGAGGCCAGUUUUAUAGCUUCUCUCACCAGCAUAACUGUUUUCAGCUGCGCUAACAUAAUUGCACGAUUCUACCCCUCCGUUAGUCUUCUAAGGUGAUGAACACAAUGUACCAUUAGAACACUGGAGAUGGGCCUCUAUACACGUAUGUAGUCAUUUACCAUGUUAACAAUGUAUAGAGUGUAUUUCUGAUUAAUUUAAUGUUAUAUUCAUUAAAAAAAACAGUGAUUUUCUUUGAAAAAUAAGGGCAUUUCUAAGUGACCCCAAACUUUUGACUGGUAGCAGAAAUGUAGCUCCGUAAGAAAUCUAAAAUAUCUGAGAUAAAAUUAUUGAAGCGUGGUAUAUAAUACAAUAUGUAUAUAUAUAUGUAUAUAAUAGAAGCUGCAUGUCUCCUGGUUUUUUUCAUACAUGAAAGUCAAUCUGUCAAAGACUUUUUAUUCACACAGAACUGUCACCAUGUGUUCACAGGUACCAUAAAAGCUCUUUUUCACCUACCUUCCCAAACUGAGGAAUAAAUCAACUGACAUGAACACAAAAGAUAUCAAAUCCAAAAAGAUAUCUGUAAUCAUCCUCAUUUAAAUAUAAUCACCCAAAUCUCCACCAUGUCCAAGGACGACGUUUGCAAAGUGACGUCUGGCAGCAAGCACAAGGAGCGCAAGCCGAAGAAGCCUCACUACAUCCCGCGGCCGUGGGGCAAACCCUACAACUACAAAUGCUUCCAGUGCCCCUUCACCUGCAUGGAGAAGUCCCACCUGUACAACCACAUGAAGUACAGCCUGUGCAAGAACUCCCUCUCCCUGCUGAUCGAGUCGGACUGGCCGUACAAGAAGGGCCACGCCCUGCACCCGGAGCAGCUGCGGCCCUUCCAGCCGCCACUCGGCGGAGCGGAGCGGGCGGCGCCGCGCCCCGAGGACGCGCUAAGGCAACGCCGGCCCGCCGAGGAGGAAGGUGAAGAUGGGGAGAGCCAGGGGCGGGAAGACGAAGAAGAGGGCGGACGAGGAGAGGGAGCGGAGGUCACCGGGCCGACCAAAGAGAGCGGCGGGAGAGAUGCCAGGAAGAUAAACCAGCCGGAGCUCCUGAUGGCCGACAUGCUCUCCCUGGAAGAUCAGCUCCUCCGAGCGCGCUCCGUGGAAGCGGAGGCCCGGCUGAAACACGACAAGCUCUCGAAAACAUACCUGAGCGCGCCCAGUCUGCUGGCGGAGCAAUGGCGGCUGCUGGCGUCGAGCCACUCCGAAGCCGACGGCGCUCAGGCCCGAGUGGGCGGCUCCAUGCCCUGCUACCCUCCCCCGCCGAACCUGCUGGAUUACCAGGACCUGUCGGUGCUCGGGGUGGGCUGCCCCAUCGGCCCCGGCCUCUUCUCCCAGACCCGCCACGCGCAGCUCGCCCAGCUUCCCUUCCUGAUGCACCCGGCGUCCAGCGCCCACCUGGACCGAGCGCUCGCCCCCCCCCGCCUCUACUUCCCCUUCCUGUUCGGGCCGGCCUCCGGUCAGAGCGACGCCGGCAAAGCGCUCAAGACCGCCGCAAACAGUCUGGAGGCGACUCCUCCGUCCGGCUUCCAGCCCAAAGCCGACCCGUGGAAAGUUCCCGCUCUGCGGCCGGGGGCCGCCGGCCGGGCGCCCCCUCAGAGAGACGCCCCCGACCGGGGUCACAGGGCGGGGGAUAACAUGCAGGCCGGAGCCAAGGAAGGCAAAGCAUGCUGGGGCCACAAGAGGACCGGCGCCCCCCUGGGGAGCCACGAGGCGCCUGCGGAGAAGAAGCCGGCCACGGGGGGUUUCAGUCCGGACCUUCUGAAGAACAUUCAGACGGCUUCAACUCUCAGUCUGGCAGCAGACACGCUUCUCUUCCAUGGAAGCUCUCAGGAUGCUCCGGUUCCGGCCCGGCCCACUGAGCUGUGGUACAGCGGCUCUCUCACCGGCCCCCACAGCGACACGUCCCCUCUCUCUACCGGCGCGGGACCCGACGGCCGCGACCCGACCGCGGCCCGGACGGCGGGGGAGGGCACUUCGGAGUCGGUGGCCGCUCUCCUCGGUGACCUCUCCAUGGCCUUGCAGGAGUACCAAGAGGCUGAGUGCAAAAUAUCCCACCUGGAGAAGGAAGACCUUCCCGCCCAGCGCCACCUCUGGGAACACCUGGGAAAGAUCCGCAGCGAGCUCUCCCACAUCCACCGGGCGCUGGAGCACACGGCUCGGCCGAGCGACGGGCCGCUCGACCUGUCGGUGAAGAGGGACGGCGGCCUCAAAGACAACACCACGGAGGAAGAGGAGGAAGAGAACGAGGGCGAGAGGAACGCAAUGACGGCUUCGUUGGAGAGUCGAAAGCAGUCAUUGGACAUGCUGAUCACGAUGAGUCAGGCGGCGGCCGACACCGAGGCGCUCUCUGCCGGCGCGAGGCCCGGUUCUGCUGAGGCCGUGUGGCCGAGCCGGACCACCAAGUGCGAAGCCGACUCCAGCGUCCUGCUCGGCCCGGACCGAUCGGGGGGUUUCGGCGACGCCCCUUCCUCUGCCAAAACCCCAAAGAGACCCCCCCCCCCACGCAGCGUCCUCACUGAGCGUCCUCACUGA